GUGUUGUGUUGUGUUGUGUUGUGUUAGGUCUUGAGAAAGAGAGUGGCGUUUGUUUAGGUGAAGAAGAAGAAGAAAAAGAAAAAGAAGAAUGGCUAUGGCAAUUGCAAACUUGGCUCGACGGAAGGGUUACGUUGUUCUCUCAUCGGAGACUCUCAGGUACUCUCUCUCCCUCUCCCUCUCCUCCUUCUCAAGGUCAAGGGGAUUCGCUUCGGGAUCUGACCAAAACGACGUCGUCGUCGUCGGUGGUGGCCCCGGCGGUUAUGUCGCCGCCAUUAAAGCCGCCCAGCUCGGUCUCAAGACCACUUGCAUCGAGAAGCGCGGUGCUCUCGGCGGCACAUGUCUCAACGUUGGAUGCAUCCCUUCCAAGGCACUUCUGCAUUCUUCCCACAUGUACCACGAGGCUAAACAUUCAUUUGCCAACCAUGGGGUCAAGGUUUCAUCUGUCGAGGUUGACUUGGCAGCCAUGAUGGGCCAAAAAGAUAAAGCUGUUUCUAAUCUUACCCGGGGAAUUGAAGGUCUAUUCAAGAAAAACAAGGUAACCUAUGUCAAAGGAUAUGGCAAACUUGUUUCACCAUCUGAAGUCUCUGUGGACACCCUUGAAGGUGGGAAUACUGUUGUUCAAGGCAAGCAUAUUAUAAUCGCCACAGGUUCGGAUGUGAAAUCUCUACCUGGAGUCACCAUUGAUGAAAAGAAAAUUGUAUCAUCGACCGGAGCUCUUGCUUUGUCUGAAAUCCCUAAGAGACUCAUAGUCAUUGGGGCAGGCUACAUUGGGCUAGAAAUGGGCUCAGUAUGGGGCCGACUUGGCUCCGAGGUAACAGUUGUUGAGUUUGCGCCAGAUAUUGUUCCAACCAUGGACGCGGAAAUCCGGAAGCAGUUUCAGCGUUCUCUUGAGAAGCAAGGCAUGAAAUUCAUGCUGAAGACUAAGGUGAUUGGAGUUGAUACUUCUGGAGAUGGUGUGAAGCUAACUGUUGAACCAGCGGCUGGUGGUGAUCAAACCACACUUGAAACAGAUGUUGUCCUUGUAUCUGCUGGUAGGACUCCGUUCACUGCUGGACUCGGGUUAGACAAGAUAGGAGUUGAAACUGACAAGGCAGGACGAAUUUUGGUGAAUGAAAGAUUUUCUACUAAUGUCUCUGGCGUUUAUGCAAUUGGAGAUGUAAUUCCAGGCCCAAUGUUAGCACACAAGGCAGAAGAAGAUGGGGUUGCUUGUGUAGAAUACAUAGCUGGUAAGGUUGGCCAUGUGGACUAUGACAAAGUUCCAGGUGUUGUGUAUACAAACCCUGAGGUUGCAUAUGUUGGGAAGACAGAGGAGCAGGUGAAGGCACUUGGAGUUGAAUACCGUGUUGGUAAGUUCCCUUUCCUGGCUAAUAGCAGGGCUAAGGCAAUCGAUAAUGCUGAAGGACUGGUCAAGAUAUUGGCUGAAAAGGAGACAGACAAAAUAUUGGGAGUACAUAUUAUGGCACCCAAUGCGGGAGAGCUCAUUCAUGAGGCAGCGAUAGCAUUGCAGUAUGAUGCAUCAAGUGAGGACAUAGCACGUGUGUGCCAUGCACAUCCAACAAUGAGCGAGGCUAUUAAAGAAGCCGCAAUGGCUACUUAUGACAAGCCCAUUCACAUUUGAACAGCCGGUUGCUUCUUUAAUCUCGUUUUCAUUUUUGUCCAAGAAUUUUACAAUGACUUGGAGAAUGAUACCUUCUUUGUGUGUUAAAUUUAGAUUCAGGUUUUUAUAUACAAGUUAGCUCUUUGCAUAAUAAGAGGAAUGAUUGUGUUGUUUUAUCCUUGUUGAAUAAUAUAUAUACCACCCCCUCUUUCAGGAGCAAUAUUGUGAUGCUGACUGUUGGGUGAAAACAAUUUAAUCUUCUGCUCUUCUGACUAACACCUUGU